ACAAAGCGUGUCGCAUGCCAUGAGUCCUAACUCCUAACAGAACACAAAACUAUGUUUCACUCUGAGUCUGAGGUUAAGAGUUAACUUCCAUCUCUCUCUCUCACCAACAUCUACACUUCAAAAGUUCCAUGUUCGGUGUGUUUGAUCCUCAAGCUUAGGGUCCCACAGUCACUACUCGCCCCCAAUACUAAUACGACGCCGUUUCCUACAUUCUAUGUUUGUGUCCUACUUGUGCUAUGGCGGAAUCAUCCACCUCUUCUCUUUCAGUUGAUUCCAGAGACAACAAGUUUUGGAAAGGGGCAUUCGCGGUCUCUGGAAUCAUGGUUACUCUCGUUACCUAUGGCGUCUUGCAGGAAAAGAUCAUGAGAAUACCAUAUGGGGCAGAAAAGGAGUAUUUCAAGUAUUCUCUCUUUCUUGUCUUCUGCAACCGCAUCACAACAUCAGCUGUUUCUGCUGCUUCUUUGCUGGCAAGUAAAAAAACGAUGAACCCAGUAGCUCCCAUUUAUAAGUAUUGCCUUGUCUCAGUAUCAAACAUACUAACCACAACUUGUCAGUACGAGGCCCUCAAAUAUGUCAGUUUUCCUGUUCAGACUCUUGCAAAGUGUGCGAAAAUGAUACCAGUUAUGGUCUGGGGUGCCCUCAUAAUGCAGAAGAGAUAUCAGGGACCUGACUAUUUGUUGGCUUUUUUAGUUACCCUUGGCUGCUCAGUAUUUAUCCUAUAUCCGGCAGGAACUGACUUAAGUCCGUACAGUAGAGGAAGAGAAAAUACAGUUUGGGGUGUUCUCCUAAUGCUUGGCUAUCUUGGGUUUGAUGGCUUUACAAGCACGUUCCAAGAUAAGCUGUUUAAAGGCUAUGACAUGGAGAUACAUAAUCAGAUAUUUUAUACUACAUUGUGUUCUUGUAUUCUUAGCGUGACAGGUCUUAUCUUACAAGGACAUUUAUUGCCAGCGGUAGAGUUUGUUUAUCGCCAUCAUGAUUGUUUCUUUGACAUAGUAUUGCUUUCGACUGUUGCAACAAUUAGUCAGUUUUUUAUUUCCUACACAAUUCGCACUUUUGGUGCUCUGACAUUUGCUACCAUAAUGACCACAAGACAGUUGGUGAGCAUUAUGCUGUCAUGUGUGUGGUUUGCCCAUCCUCUUAGCUGGGAACAGUGGAUUGGAGCCGUCAUUGUAUUUGGCUCCCUUUAUGCAAAAAGCUUCUCGAGGAAAGCACCUCAAAAGACAACCUCCUCUGUAGCACUUGUUCAAAAUGAGGGUUCAAAUAAUUUGAAGGACAACCCGUGACUGAGAUGGAGGUAAAUUUUACUGACAUGACACCUGGUAAUGUCUGAAGUGGUGGGGUAGCUUCAGUUUUAAGUUCUGAGCUGCACAUUCAAUAUUUAAAGAUCAUGGAUGGUUCAUUAUACAGAAGUGGUUUGACUUAAAUCCAGACAGCACCGACUGCAGCUAGAUUCUUGUAUUUUGGUAUCACCAUCAUAACAACAGAGAACAUUAAAGGAUGUUAACCCCACAUUUUUUUCUUAGGGGAGAUCAUUUAUAGACUGACUAAGGCCAAAAGAUGUUUAUAGAUUGAAAUUGUGCAAUGCUUUUGCUCAGGCAAAGUUGUUUCUUUGUUCAGUUUUCCAGAAAUAUGGAGGGAAAGAUGGAAGGUUUGUGGUAAUUUACUGGGCCCAUCAUUCACUUAAUACCAUAUUUGGCAAUUUAUUUUAUGAUGGUAUAAUCUAUGAUCAUGCUAUGCAAAAUUAUAACAGGCAUAGGUUG